UGCCUUUGUGUGCUGUGCUGUGAGUGCUGCUGUGCGAAUCUGUGAGAGUGCAAUGGGCGAACUGGGAAGCCACGACAUGGGCCUCUUCAGACCAUGGACAACAGGACUCUGGGGAAUCCAUUGCUUCACUUUUGCCUAGACAAGAAUGCAGUGACCUAUGAUGAUGUGCAUGUUGGCUUCACUUGGGAAGAAUGGACUUUGCUGGAUCGUUCCCAGAAGAAUCUCUACAAAGAUGUGAUGCUGGAGACCUACAGGAACCUCACUACUAUAGGAUACAGUUGGGAAGACCAUAAUAUUGAAGAACAUUGUCAAAGUUCUAGAAGACAUGAAAGACAUGAAAGAAGCCAUAACGCAGAGAAACCUUCUGUAUAUACUCAAUGUGUUAAAGCCUUUGCAUAUGACAGUCAUCUUCAAAGACAUGAAAGAACACGUACUGGAGAGAAACCCUAUGAAUGUAAUCAAUGUGGUAAAGCAUUUGCUUAUGACAGUGCUCUUCAAAGGCAUAAAAGAACGCAUACUGGAGAGAAACCCUAUGAAUGUAAUCAAUGUGGUAAAGCCUACGCAAGUCACAGUAAUCUUCAAAUGCACACAAGAAUGCAUACUGGAGAGAAACCCUAUGAAUGUAAUCAAUGUGGUAAAGCCUUUACAUAUGACAGUCAUCUUCAAAUUCAUAAAAGAACACAUACUGGAGAAAAGCCCUAUGAGUGUAAUCAAUGUGGUAAAGCCUUUGUACGUCAUAGUAAUCUUCAAAUGCAUAAAAGAACACAUACUGGAGAGAAACCGUAUGAAUGUAAUCAUUGUGGCAAAGCCUUUGUACAUCAAAGCAAUCUCCAAAUGCAUAAAAGAACACAUACUGGAGAGAAACCCUAUGAAUGUGACCAAUGUGGUAAAACCUUUGCUCAUCAAAGUAUUCUCCAAAUACAUAAAAGAACACAUACUGGAGAGAAACCCUAUGAAUGUAAUCGAUGUGGUAAAGCCUUUGCUCAUCACAAUGCUCUUCAAAUGCAUACAAGAACACAUACUGGAGAGAAACCUUAUGAAUGUGACCAAUGUGAUAAAGCCUUUGCAAGUUACAGUAAUCUUCAAAUGCAUAAAAGAACACAUACUGGAGAGAAACCCUAUGAGUGUAAUCAAUGUGGUAAAGCCUUUGUACAUCACAGUAAUCUCCAAACUCAUAAAACAACUCAUACUGGAGAGAAACCCUAUGUAUGUGACCAAUGUGAUAAAGCUUUUGCACAUCGCAGUAUUCUCCGAAUACAUAAAAGAACACAUACUGGAGAGAAACCCUAUGAAUGUGAUCAGUGUGGUAAAGCCUAUGCCCAAUAUGGUAGUCUUCAAAUGCAUAAAAGAACACAUACUGGAGAGAAACCUUAUGUAUGUAAUCAUUGUGGUAAAGCCUUUGCUUUUCAAAGUGCUUUUCAAAGGCAUGAAAGAAUUCAUACUGGAGAGAAACCCUAUGAAUGUAAUCAAUGUGGUAAAGCCUUUGCUCAUCAUAGUGCUCUUCAAAUGCAUACAAGAAUACAUACUGGAGAGAAACCUUAUGAAUGUAAUCAAUGUGGUAAAGCCUUUGCACGUCAGAGUCAUCUUCACUUGCAUAAAAGAACACAUACUGGAGAGAAACCCUAUGAAUGUCAUCAUUGUGGUAAAGCCUUUUUACAUCAUGGUAAUCUUCAAAUACAUAAAAGAACACAUACAGGAGAGAAACCCUAUGAUUGUAAACAAUGUGGUAAAGCUUUUGCACUUCACAGUGCCCUUCAAAUGCAUGAAAGAACACAUACUGGAGAGAAACCCUAUGAAUGUGAUCAAUGUGGUAAAACUUUUACACAACAUGGUAAUCUUCAAAUGCAUAAAAGAACACAUACUGGAGAGAAACCCUAUGAGUGUAAUCAGUGUGGGAAAGCCUUUAAACGCAGCCGUAGUCUUCGAAAUCAUGGGAAAAUUCAUACUGCAGAGAAACCCUAAAAAUAGUCAUUGUGAUAAAGUUUUGUAUUUUAUACAGGAAUAAAACUUUUUGUGUACAAUCUAUCUGUUAAAGCCUUUACAUAUUAAAAUAGUCUUUGAGUACCUGUAAAAAAAAUACUGAGGGAUUAUUAUUAUAAAGUAUUUGGUAAUGUCUUUAUCCAACACACUUGCAUUCAGUUACACAGAGGUAUUUAUUCUGUAGAAAAAAAUUGGCAGUAUCAACAACCUGCUCAAUUUUUAUUUUGUCUAUUUUUAUGUUGUUUUCCCCUGCAAACUCAUGGAAAAAAUAAAUUUAUCACUUUAUGAAGCCCUACAUGUACGGUAAAAAGCCAGCCAAAGAAAUGCACCCUGAUCCUGAAACCAGAGCCAGUGAAAGACACACACUUUGGCCCUGACAUCAGAGCCAAAAGAACGCACUCUAGCCCUGAACAACUGAGCAUGAAACCAAUGAAUUCCUGAUCAGGAAAACCAACCAGUCCUUGAGCACAAACCAACCAAUCACUAACAUGAAAUCUGGCCAAUCUCUGAGCUAAUUCAAGCUCAGGGAUUGAAAAUCGACCAAUCCCCACCCUGAAAACCUUAUCCUAGGAAAAACUAAGCCCCUAGGAAGUCCCGUGUAAGCCCCUCUGCCUGUUCAGUUUGUAGCUGCUCUUCUCCUCUCUGACAGAGGUAUCCACUCUCCUGGAUUUUUCACUCCCAGAUAAAUCUCUUGAAUGAGUUUUGGGUGAAGACUUCUUUUACCAGAGCUGAGCAGAAUCUCUUCCAGGAACUCCUUAUUGUAGUGGAGCCGAGAAGCAAUGGACACUUCUGCUGGGAAUCUCCAUUAUGGGAUUGGGGCAGAAGUAGCAACUUGUCACCAGAGCGGGAGCAGACUGCCUCAUUUCUGCAAGGGGUUCCCCCUUAGUAGAGUGAAGUAGAGAAUUACCAACUUGGUCUGGAGCUGGGAAGAAAUGGAUAUCUCUGCUGGGAAGCUCUCAUAACAGAGUGGAGCAGGGUUGCCACAUCCUGAAGGGGGACCAUCCCACACUGGAACACAGUAAGUUCUGUCGGCCUAGAGAUGACUCUUUGGACACUAUGCCUGUGACCAGAAUGGCAACAAAAACCUGCCAGGAAGACUGGAUGGGUCCUGAGUGUAACAAAGCUGUAUGCCAACAGGGCUGCUUAUAGCUGUAAAAUCCCAAGCAUGGUUCUUGCAAGCUCCCAGGUGACUGCAGGAUUUGGUUAAUGGCUGUCGCUGUGUCUGCCCACCUGGCUACGCAGGCGAUCACUGUGAAAGGGACACCUACGAAUGUGCUGGCAACCCCUGCUUGAAUGGGGGCCACUGUCAGAAUGAAAUCAACGGAUUCCAGUGUCUGUGUCCCGCCGGUUCCUCUGGAACCCUCUGUCAGCUGGACGUUGAUUACUGGGAGCCCAACCCUUGCCAGACGGUGCCCAAUGCUACCAUCGUGCCAGUGACUUCUUCUGCAAGGGCCCUGAGGACUAAGAACUGCUCACACCUGAAAGACCACUGUCGCACGACCCCCUGUGAAGAGGUGGCCAAGUUUGUGACAUAAAGAAUUGUUCUUGCUGGGCGGUGGUGGCGCACGCCUUUAAUCCCAGCACUUGGGAGGCAGAGCCAGGCGGAUCUCUGUGAGUUCGAGGCCAGCUUGGGCUACCAAAUUUCCUGGUUCUGCUGCUGAGCUCUGUUGUAACAGGGGCUUGGGUCUGUUGCUUGGCGACAGCCUUGUUCUGGUGUGUACGGAAGCCGCGGAAGCCGGACAGCCACACUCAAGCUGCCUCCGAGGACAGCACCUCCAACGAUGUAUGGGAACAGCUGAACCA